CUCUCUCUCUCUCCCUAGAUUUGUCGUAUACGUACAUAUAUAAUUGUUUUGGUUUCUGGGUAUCUGGAAUUAUGGCGGGGGAUACAAGUGGUACAUCAAGAGAGCUUGAUCAAACGCCUACAUGGGCAGUUGCUGGUGUGUGUGCCAUCAUCAUCAUCAUCUCACUUUUAUUGGAGAAGAUCCUCCACAAACUUGGAGAGUGGCUCACGGAAAAGCACAAGAAAGCUCUGUAUGAAGCUUUGGAGAAGGUUAAAGCUGAGUUGAUGAUUCUUGGUUUCAUAUCAUUGAUCCUGGUAUUUAGCCAGUACUACAUUGCCAAAAUCUGUAUUCCCACUAAGGUUGCAGAUACUAUGUUGCCAUGUCCUAGUAAGUACGAAACCAGUAAAACCAGUGAAGAAGGUGAUAAUCGCCGGAGGCUUUUGUGGUAUGAACACCGAAUGCUAGCUGGUUAUUCUUCCAGUUGCAAGGAGGUAAAGGGUAAGGUGCCAAUCAUAACUGUCGAUGGACUGCAUCAGUUACAUAUCCUCAUAUUCUUUUUAGCAGUUCUUCAUGUGCUAUACAGUGCUGUCACGAUGGGGCUUGGGCGACUAAAGAUUCGGGGGUGGAAGCAGUGGGAGCAGGAGACUGAAUCCCAUGACUAUGAGUUUUCAAAUGAUCCCUCAAGAUUCAGGCUUACGCACGAGACAUCAUUUGUGAGAGCACACACUAGUUUCUGGACUCGGAUUCCAUUCUUCUUUUAUGUUGGAUGUUUCUUUCGACAAUUUUUUAGGUCUGUUAGUAGGUCGGACUACUUGACCUUGCGCAACGGAUUCAUCAGUGUUCAUUUGGCUCCGGGAAGUAAAUUUAACUUCCAAAAAUACAUCAAGAGGUCAUUAGAGGAUGACUAUAAGACAGUUGUGGGAGUCAGUCCGGUCUUGUGGGCAUCAUUCGUGGUUUUCUUGCUCCUGAACGUCAGUGGGUGGCAGGCGUUGUUUUGGGCAGCACUAAUUCCUCUAUUUAUAAUCUUAGCUGUUGGAACAAAGCUCCAAGCCAUUUUGACUAAGAUGGCGCUUGAAAUCACAGAAAGACAUGCAGUUGUCCAAGGAAUUCCUCUUGUGCAAGGCUCAGACAAGUACUUUUGGUUUGGUCGACCACAUCUAAUGCUUAAUCUAAUCCACUUUGCCUUAUUUCAGAAUGCAUUCCAAUUAACGUACUUCCUGUGGAUAUGUUAUGAGUUUGGGCUAAACUCUUGCUUCCAUGACAACUACAAGCUUGUGAUUGGGAAAAUUGCUUUGGGGGUUGGAGUUUUGUUACUAUGCAGCUACAUUACGCUUCCUCUGUACGCCCUUGUAGCUCAGAUGGGCUCACACAUGAAAAAAUCAAUCUUUGAUGAACAAACAUCCAAGGCCCUUAAGAAGUGGCACAAUGCAGUAAAGAAGAGGACUGGCAAAGGAGGGAAGUCUCCAGCACGAACACUAGGAGGCGGAAGCCCGACAGCUUCCAUGAGCUCAACCUUGCACUCAGUCGGAGCAACCCUCCACCGGUUCAAGACCACCGGUCACUCCACCCGAUCCUUCACCUACGAGACAGACCCGGAGCAGUCCGACUAUGAAGCCGAACCACUUUCCCCCACAUCAUCGACAACCAACUUGAUCGUAAGAGUUGAUAACAAUGUUUCGGAGAUUGAACCGAGCGCACCCAACGGCGUAGAUGAAAAUAGAAACGUGGAUGACUUCUCAUUCGUGAAGCCCGCUCCGUUGAAGUGAAAGAUUAUGCGGGUGAUCAUCCCACUGUUUUUUCCUUCAAAUCUGGGAGUUAUUUUUUGUUCUAUGUAUUUUGAUGCAAUAGUACAGUUGUUUGAAUGUUAGCUAGGCUAAGUAUAGUGCCAUUUCUUGUAAAUUUGACAUUUAUGUCCAAAUAUUACAACUUUUAAUUCUCAUUUUUUUGCUUUUGCUUCAA